GUUUUAGAUGGGUGUCGACGUUCAAAAGAAGGUCUUGAAGAGGAAACUCGAGAAGAUGAAGGCCACUCAGGCCAAAAUGAGGAAGAAAGAAUUAGCAGCUCGAGCGGCAAAAGAAGAAAAUGAGAUCAAAGAGGAAGUUGAAAAUGAGGAAGAUGAGCAUGAUAAUGGCGAUGUCAAAAAUGAACAGAAUGGAAAACCUGCGGAGUCCCAUCCUACUCCUGUCAUAGAAGAUGUGUCUUCUUAUCUUUCUGCAAAGACUUUUGAAGGAUUGAGAGGCAAAGUAAACGAUAGAAUACUAGACGCUGUCAAAAAGAUGGGCUUUACUUCGAUGACCGAAGUUCAAGCGAAAAGCAUUGAGCCACUGCUUGAGGGUCGUGACAUCCUGGCAUCAGCCAAAACUGGCUCUGGAAAGACGUUAGCGUUUCUAAUCCCAGCCAUUGAACUUUUGUUGAAGCUAGAUUGGAAGCAAUACAAUGGAACAGGUGUCAUUAUCGUGUCACCGACGAGAGAGUUAUCGAUGCAAACGUAUGGCGUGCUUACGGAGCUCUUAGAAGGGACUUCUCUCACGCACGGUUUGGUAAUGGGUGGAUCGAAUCGAAGUGCUGAAGCGGAUAAGCUGGCAAAGGGAAUAUCUGUUGUUGUUGCUACUCCUGGUCGUUUGCUAGAUCAUCUCCAGAAUACGGAUCCGUUCGUUAUCAAGAAUCUCAAAUGUCUUGUUAUUGAUGAAGCUGAUAGAAUAUUGGAUAUUGGGUUUGAAAUUGAAAUGCAACAGAUUCUCCGUCAUCUGCCGAAAAAGCGACAAACAAUGCUGUUUUCGGCUACCCAUACACCAAAGGUGGAUGAGCUUGUGAAGCUUUCGUUACAUUCCAAUCCAGUAAAAUUGUCUGUCGCAGAGAAAGAUGAGGUUGCUACGGUAGAAGGAUUGCAACAGGGUUAUGUUGUAUGUCCGUCUGAAAAGCGGUUUUUGAUGUUGUUCACGUUUUUAAAGAAGAACAAAAAUAAGAAGGUUAUGGUAUUUUUCUCAUCAUGUAAUUCCGUAAAAUAUCAUCAUGAAUUGCUUAACUAUAUAGAUAUCCCGUGUAUGUCUAUACAUGGAAAACAAAAACAAGCGAAGCGGACGUCAACCUUUUUCCAAUUUUGCCAAGCAGAAACAGGCAUUUUAUUAUGUACUGAUGUGGCAGCUAGAGGUCUUGAUAUUCCCGCAGUAGAUUGGAUUGUACAAUAUGACCCACCAGACGAACCAAGAGAGUACAUCCAUCGAGUGGGACGAACUGCUAGAGGAAAGGAUGGACGUGGAAACGCACUGCUAGUACUUCGGCCAGAAGAGCUUGGAUUUUUGCGGUACUUACGAGCUGCAAAAGUUGUCCUCAAUGAAUUUGAGUUCUCUUGGUCAAAGAUCGCCAAUAUUCAAUCCCAACUUGAAAAUCUCAUAGACAAGAACUAUUACCUCAAUAAAUCAGCUAAAGAAGCGUACAAAUGUUAUGUCAGAGCAUAUGACUCACAUUCACUGAAGGAUAUCUUUGAUGUGAACAAUUUGGACUUAGUGGCGGUAUGCAAAUCAUUUGGUUUUUCUGUGCCGCCAUUCGUGGAUCUGCCUAUAUCACACAAGCCGAAGGAAAUCCGUACGGCGGUUACCAACCCUAUGGUAAUGGUGCCCCACAUGUUACCCCAGUUUACCAUCAACCACCUGUUCAUGUUCCACCGGUGGUCGUCGUAGAUAAUCAUCACCAUGGGCAUCACCACCAUCACCACCAUCACAGCCUUCUACAUGAAUUGAUACAUCCACACCAUCAUCACCAUCAUCACCACGACCAUCAUGGUCAUCACCAUCAUCAUUGCUAAUCGAUUAUUGAUUUACUGACUGUUGAUACUGAUCAAUAUGUAACGAUGAUGUUUUAUGUGUGGUAGAAGUUAAAUA